AGCACUGCAAGCACACACAUGGGAAAUGAUACUGCUGCUCUUAUCCCCGCCCUCAUCCGCGCUACAUGCCAAAGUGCUCUUUCAGACCUUCGUUGCUUGCUGCACCAAGCGACCUUUGACGUUAAUUCACCAGUUAACCGUCAGCAAGAUCGGCUAAUCCACUUCGCAGGCCGUGCACAGAUCCUCACAGUUCUUGAAGUUUUAGUGGAGGAGUUUCACGCUGAUGUUAAUGUUUCCAACAUAUUUGGCCGCCGCCCAAUUCAUGAGACAAUUGAGUGCAAGCAAUGUGUCGAGUACCUACUUUCAAAAGGCGCCGAUCCAAAUGGAUUCAAGCAUGGGACUUGGGUGCCAGCCAUGAUUGCAACCAACAAAAACUUGCUGCCGGUUCUCAAGGUCCUUUACGAUUACGGAGCCCUCUUAACACCGCAAAAUAAAGACGGAUGGAAUGUUCUGCAUGUGGCUGCCCAGAAGUGUGCAGUUCCAUGCGCUCAGUUUAUAGUGGAGAAGGCGCCACAUUUGGUUUUUGUUCAGUCAAGAAACGGUCGAACACCCGCACAUAUGGCAGCCGCUGCACCUUGCGUUGAAGUUUUGGAAAUGCUCUUCGAAGUUGGGCGAUCCCAAGUUGAUAGCUUGGGCGAAAGUGAAUUGCUGCAGUUAACGCAAAUCAGAGACGCCGAAGGGUUGACGAUCUUCCACCUAGCCUGCAUCUCCGGCUCAUUAUCGUGCGUCGAUAUCUGCUUAAAACGAUAUCAAAGUGAUGCGCGAGCAACGUCGAAGGCUGGAAUGCAAGCAGUGCAUUUUGCGGCACAGACGAACAGGUUAAAUAUUCUGCAGUAUCUCUUUGACAUAUUUAUGUGCGAAAGGACAUCGGAAGUCGACAGCCCGGACAAUGUCAAACACCUUGUCCGACAGGAUUUCCAAAGUCCUGAGACGUUGGACGGUUUUACCCCUCUCCAUUUCGCAGCGCGAGAGGGCCAUAUCGAUGUUAUUCGAUGGCUCAUUGAUGUUGCUGGUGUCAGCAAAGACGUGGAAGACGCUCAUGGAAGAAGGGCUGUCGACAUCGCACGCGAUUGGAAGCGAUCCGACGUUGUAGAACUGCUCUCACCUUGCUAAAGCUCGUUGGCAAAUAUGCCAUUCAUGUGGACAAACAACAUCUCCUCGUAUGCAACAUUCGCCGGACUGAUCCGUAACUAAAUGAGUCCUGUUAUCUCCGGUGGACGAAACAAACAAGGUCCAGUGAUUGUCCAAGGUUAUGGUAGCCAAACACGUACGCAUGCCUCUGCGAAGCGCAGAGUACGGCCUUCCAAUGUCAAUAGCCAAGGUCAAGAUACGCUUGCACGUAACACACACACAUUCACACAGAAACAAGCUUUCUACUCUUAUUAUCUGGAUGUACAUUAAAAUUGCUGUUGACUAUCUUUCACCAUCUUAGCCAUCCACGUCGCAAUCCUACCUAAGCCUUCUCUGGCUGGUCUUCCGAAGACCUGUUCUAAAAGCGGAUAGUUGUGUACCAUUCCUUCACCAACAUCCAAUUCAACAAUAACACCACUUUGCUGGCAUUUUGAUACCAACGCGUUCACAUCAUCAAGAAAGAUUUCUUUUGUCCCAACGGUUACAAGAAGCGGCGGAAGCCCAUGAACGUCCCCAUUUAUCGGGGAAACGCGGGGUUCUGCCAAACCAGGGUCAUCUGGAGCUGGGAAAGUGGCACUGUUCCUGUAACGACCGGCCAUAUCUAAGAUAGAACGCCGAGAUAGGAAGUCGU